UUGCUUUCUAAGGCCUAAUAAUUGUAAAAUGUUUAUAGUAUUUGGAGACCACCGAUUGAAGAGGCGCCAAUGAAAUACUUUCAGAUAUAAUACUCCCAGAAGCCCACCGGUAAGACAUAAAACGGAUAUACUAAACGUUUUUGCACGGACGCAGAGUUUACCUACGUAGAAGUUGUUUUCAAGUUCGUGGUUGGCCACUCUGAUGGUUAUUAGCAAGGGACCUGUGAAGGCGUGUAUGAUAGGAGAAAACGUGUUUAAAAUGGCGGAUGUGUUACAAGAUAUUUCAAAAUUAAAGGUGGCAGAUUUAAAGAAGGAAUUGAAAGCUAGAGGCCUGAAUGCUGUAGGAAAUAAAACCGAAUUGGUAGAAAGAUUACAGUUAUCUUUACAAGGAGAGAACUCUUUGAUCACAGAACCUGAUUCAGCAGCAGGUGAUUCCGAGGAGAUUCUGGAUGAAGAUGAUGUCCUUGCAGAUGAAACAGAGGAGGAAGCUCUGGUGGGUGAAAUCAGCACUUCUCCAGAACCAAAGCUGAGAAAACUGGCAUCACCAUCUGAGGAUGAAAUUCCCGUGCCCAACAAACGCACAGUAGCCAGUGCCAAGAAGAUUGUGUUAAACCGCAGUAUUGUUGCAUCAGCUGCAAAUUCUGAGAAGGAGAACCAGCAGCAGCAGACAACACAGUGUGUCUCAGAUACAGGACAGCAACAGAAUCGGCAAAAUUCUGAUAGCAAGAAGGUCGUCAAGCUCUCUGCCUUCUCCAUGAAAGAGCGUCUAGAGAUGAGAGCACAAAAGUUUGGCGUGGAACUGUCUGGGGAUGCCAAGAAGGAAGUCAGGGCUGCUCGAUUUGGAAUAUCAGCACCUAUCAACACAAUUAACACCGCACCAGCAAGUUCAGACAUUCUGCGUAAGAGAGCUGAGAGGUUUGGCCUGACAUUGUCUCCUAUAAGCAGCAGCAACGUGAGCAAGGCUCAACUAAGUGAAAAGCUGGAAAACAGGAAACGGAGGUUUAGUAUUGAUGAUACAGCAAAUGUGAAGAAGAGCACUGUAGGUAAUAGUGUCUUGGAGGAGAAGAAGCGGCUAAGCAAAGCAGAUAGUAUUGCAACAACCAUAAAAAUGUCCUGA